CUGCCAGUAGUUCGUCGUACGCGCCCGCCAUUGAGGACGACCGCCAUUAUAGAUUCCGUUGUGAGUGACCGAGUCUGUCGGCGAGUGCGACUUCCCAGACGGAAAACUUCGUCAUAUCGCGUUUUCGACGUUACUUGCCGCAAAUUCGAAAGGGAGUCCCGGGAGUCGCGCGAGACAGCGAGACGCGAGAUAAAAGGAGGAAGGAAGAAAGAAAGAAAGACGAGUCCUGAACGGACGAACUGCGAAGCGGAUAAAGCGUGAGCGAUCGAAAAGGGCGCGCGAUGAAAACGUACAGCAGGAAAAAGGGCGACAGCCCGAGCAACGUGAUCAUCCACGUGAACGAGCUGUGCCGGCUGUGCCUGGCGAAGGAAGAGGAGAUGGUGCCGAUCUACGACGACGAGACCGUGCCGAUGCCGCUGCGGAUACUCUCCUGCGUCAACAUCGAGGUUUAUGAGCAGGAUGGCCUGCCUAACAUGAUAUGUCAUCCCUGCAAGUAUCAGCUGGAGAAGUCGUAUCAGUUCAGGAAAAAAUGCCAAGCCGCGGACACCAAGCUCAGAAAACACAUGAAGUUGAUACAGCAGUUGACUGGAGACGAAGAAGGCGAGAACCAGGAUAACAGAGAUGAAUCCAAGGAAUCCAACACAGGAAAGUCUAAGCAAGUUAAACAACUGCUGGCUGAUCUAGUUUCAACCAAAGGUGACAGCAGUCAAACGGAUGGAGAUCCCAUCGAGGUGACAGAGGAGGAACUCGUCGGUGGCUACAUUCUGGGAAUGAAUUCCGAAAAUCCGGAAAUAGAGGAGAGUGUCUCAGAAGAUCCAGAGAACAUCACACUGGUACCUGCUGAGGAACGAACGGCGAAGGCACGAUGCACGAUAAGGGCAACGCGUAUCAAGCAGGAACAGGAAUCCGACGAUGAGACGGAAGAAGUUCAGAGAGCGAUAGUGAACGUCGAUCACAAAAACGUUUACAUGAUGGAAGUCACUAGCAACGACGCCAAUCAGCCAGAAUCAUUGAAGUUACAGCCAAUGGGCGACACAAUUGGUAAAGAAUGCACUGAGAAUACAUUGUCUGUAACAGAAGAAGAAAAUCCUAGAGGUUUCUACAAGUGGCAAAUGUGCGUUGCAGUUGAUGCUAACCCGGAAAUGAAGGUUUUCAAAUGCGACAAGUGCCCGAAAGCGUUUACCCGGCGAAUAAUGCUGAAGAGUCAUCAGUCAGUGCAUUCCACACAGAGGGGAUUUACGUGUCAGGCAUGCGAAAAAUGGUUCCCGACGAGAUCCGCAUUGGUGAGACACGAGCGCACACACACAGGCGAAAAACCGUUUGGUUGCAACAUCUGUCAUCGUGCUUUUGCGCAGAAAGAGAUUUUAUUCCGACACUUAAUGACACAUUCUGGCCAAAAACCGUUCCAGUGUCAACAUUGCGAUAAGAGCUUCACGCAGCGAGAAGCACUCAAGGUGCACAUGCGUCGACAUCAAAAAUUAAAUCCGAACGAUAUUCAACUGCAUCAUUGUCAGCUUUGUCCGAAGGCGUUUUGUCACGCGUCGGGUCUCAGCAGACACUUGGUUACGCACACUGGUAGAACGUAUAAGUGCGUCGAAUGCGAAAAAACCUUUACAGAUAAGAGCUCGCUGCUAAGACACAGUCGUAUCCAUGCGCCCAAGGCAAUGAUAACAAAUUGAGCAAUUGGCUUGCUCAGUUUGUUAUGAUUCUCCUGAGUUGUCAGUGGAUACAAAAAAAUUCUUUGAAAUGACGGAAUCUGUGUCGGAAUUAGACCUGGAGGUCGAUCAUGAAACUUUUUCUCUAUAGCGGAAACGUGAAAAGUGGAAAUCUUUACCAUUGAAGUUAAUGGAGAAAUAUUUCUCUUUUCACGUUUCCGCUCUAGGGAAAAAGUUUUAUGAUUGAUCUCCUGCAGCGAAAUUGUCGAUAUUAAUGAGAAAGAUCUACAAUAUAGAUUUUCAAAGAGUUAUAUGAGUAUUUCAUUAAAACGGAUUUAGUUGCAUAAUCCUAAUAUGUAACUCAUAUAUUUGAGACGCUUAUUGCAAAAGUGGCCUAACUACCAAAAUUCGAUUUUCCUUUUUAAAGCGUUAUUUUUGAAAUUAUUAACUCUUUAAAUAAGAAACCGAGUAUUUUGGCAGUUAAGUCAUUUUUGCGAUAAGCGGCCUCAUUUAACAUUUAAGAAACAUAAAGGUACGCCCGAAUUAUCAAGCUAAAUUUCGAGCAACGAGCAUUAGUUACACGGUUCGCUAAGACAAAAAUGCUCGCAGCUCAAUAAUCCUAGAUAUAUCUUCAAAGGAGCAUAGAACUUUUUCGGUUCCAAAAGUAUGCCCUUCUCUUUUUUUCUGGAAAGCACAUACAAACUACAAGGACUGAAUUUUUUUUGUAAAUGGAAGUAUAAUAGGAUCUCCUUAACUUUGGCCCUAUGGGGUGAUAAGAACGGAAUGCCAAAAUUAUAGAAUACCCUCACCACAGCACGAGUCUACUAAUUACCAUGUACUUACGCGAACAAAGUACACGGUGAUUGGUAGACUUGUGCUGUGGUGAGGAUGUUCUAUAAAAGGAAGGGGUAUGAUAUUAGUAUUUGUGAAAGUACGUGUGAAGGAAUGCAAAUAUUAUAGAGGGCCAAAGUUAAAAAGGUUCUACUGUACAUAUUUUUAAUUAUUAAUCAAUUCAAGUUUUAGUGAAAAAUACUACCCUUCCUCUUCUAGUCCUAGACCCUGUAGCAUUUUGCACUAGAAACUUUUUGUUUCGAACCAGAUUUGUUUAAACAAACCAGAUUGGAGAUGUUUUUGGUACAUAAAACACUGCAGGACUUAGGACGAGGGAAGGAAGAUAUUUUUCAGUGAAACUUAAAAAAUUGUAAUUGAUAGUAAAAAAUUUGUACUUUUAUUUACAAAAAAGACUAUUGCAGCUUGUAUAUUCUUUCCAGAAAAAAAUCAUGAAAAAGGAAAUUAAUUUUAAAUCUGAAACGGUCCUAUGCUUUUUUAAACAAAAGUUUAUUUUAGUCAUCCUUGUAUAAAUAUUAAUAUCUUUUAUUUGAGAUAUACGGUUUCUUAUAAAUAAUGUAUUUGUACAUAACAAACAGAAUUUAAAACGCAAAAUUAUAAGUAAAUGUGGAAAAUAUAUGCAAGUUUCGUCGUAAAAUUUUGAAAACAAAUUUAUGUUUAAAUGCGAUGAAAUACAAGUGCAACAAGAUGAAUAUAUACAUAAGUACAAUCUGUAAAUACAUAUAUAAACACAAGUUGAAUACAAGCAAUCAAUUAUCUCGAUUACUGAUACAAGAGUGAUUAAAAUAAACUUAAUUUAUUAGUUUUCAAUUCCAAACAUUUUUUUAUUCAAUUGGUAAGGUUUUUUGCUUUCCGUGAUUGAUUACAGCAUGAUUGAUAUAAUUUUUUUUUAUAUUAAGUGCAAUUUGGAUGAUGCAUUAAAAAGUGACGUAUUAAAAAUGUCACAUAACUAAUACAGUAUCAUAACAAUAUUGAAUGUAUAUAAUUUAGCUUUCCUGUCAAGGUAGCGAUGAUCAUAUUCUUACAUAUAAUUUUUAUAUUCAAAACAUUUAUAUAUGAUUAUGCAUCAUGUACUCUUUGCGAUGUAGGUUUAUCACUAUUCAUAAUUGAUGUAUAUAGUUCUAAAUACAAAGCUAUAUUAAAAAAAUGAAAUUAUAUGCCAUUUAUGUGCACAUAAAU